AUGGCAUUCUCACGGUUCACCAGUGCAAUUUCUUUCCUUUCCCUCGCUACCACCGCCUUUACCGCACCUUUGAUCAGCACAAACUCAGCAAAUGUACUCGAACGACGGGCUGAUGGCAUUUGUGCGGCAGCUUCUAAUUGUGUUCCUUUCACUAUUGACUUGACCUGGGGCUCAGUCAACCCAACGGGUGCAGGCGCUCGGGGUGCUAUUCUUACCAAUGGUUCUUUCCCAGCUCCUGCCCUGCGGUUGAAGGUUGGCGAGUGCGUCGAUUUCCUCGUCCACAACCACCUUGAUGUGGAUACGGGUAUCCAUUUCCACGGCAUUCAGCAGACAGGUACACCAUGGUCCGAUGGUGUGCCAGGUCUUUCUCAAUAUGCUGUACAGCCUGGCGACAGUUACAUGUAUCGAUGGACAGCUGACGAGCAAGGCUCCUACUUCUACCACUCGCACUACAAAGGACAGAUCAUGGACGGUCUCUAUGGCGCAAUAUACAUCACACCAUCUGAUGGUGAAGAGACUCCCUUCGCUGCUAUCGACUCUAGCGCAGUAGAGAAGCUCAAGCUUGCUGAUGCCAAGGCUGAGCCGAUCUUCAUCUCUGAUUGGAGCAAAUACACCUUCGAUCAAUUUUUUGCCAUCCAACAAGCUGGAAAUGUCGAUAUUGCUUGCUCGGACGCAAUCAUCCUCAACGGUUUCGGCGAGCAAUACUGCCCAACUCGAGAACAGAUUACAGCAAUGACCCCUGUUCAGAUCACAAACCUGAACACUGCCUACACUAACAAGGGAUGUAUCCCAGCAAACACUCCUCAAACUCAAGGCAACUUCACCCGCAACCUCGCCGCCAUUCCAUCUGACGUCUACGAUGUCUGCACCAAGUCCUCAAGCGGCAAGAAUUAUACCAUGACGGUCGAUCCAGCAGAUGGCUGGGCUGCAAUUACUUUGAUCAAUCCAGGCGGGUUCGCUCUGCUCAAGGCUACCGUUGACAACCAUAAGCUAUAUGUUUAUGAUUACAAUGGCCGAUACAUCAAGCCUCAUGUCGUUGAUCAGGUUAAUGUUGCUAAUGGCGAGCGCGUCACAUUCUUCAUUAAGCUUGACCAGCAAGUCGGAGAUUAUCAAAUUCGAGUGGCUAAUCUAGGCCUGAACCAGAUCAUCAGCGGUUUUGGUAAGAUUUCGUACAAAGGCUCGAAGGGUAUCUCAUCCACUUCGGUUGCUGCCAUGACAUAUGGUGGUGCUCCCUUGGGCUCGGUUGUUGCAUUCAACCCAGCCAAGGCCGCACCACUCGUUCCAGAGGCCUUCUCCAGGACUGCAGACAAGACCUUCAAGUUCAACCUGCAGAAACUCCCUAAGUCUACAGAUGCGUAUCGUUGGUCACUGCAAGGAAACACUGCAUACGACAUGUCGAAUGAUGACGGCACUCCACUUCUGUACAAGGAUCCUGCUACGAUCCCAGAGAGCGACCUCGUCAAGAAGACCAACCUUGGCGACUGGGUCGAUAUCAUCAUGCAAACCACGGGCCCACUAGCCCAGCCUCAUCCUAUGCACAAGCACGCCAACAAAUUCUUUGUCAUUGGCCAGGGUCUUGGCACCUUCAAUUGGUCUACCGUCGCUGAAGCGUAUGCCUACAACGCGUCCAUGUUCAACUUCGACAGCGCACCAUAUGUUGACGGCUUCACAACUCUUGCAGGCGAGAGAACAUCCACAUGGACUGUUCUCCGCUACAAGGUCGAGAUCGCAGGCGCUUGGUUCCUCCACUGCCAUAUGCAUACUCACUUCGCUGGCGGCAUGGCUAUCGCUUUGCUCGAUGGUGUCGACAAAUGGCCUUCUGUUCCAUCGGAUGCUGGAAAGACCUGCCAAGGCAGCGCUUCCUCGAACUCAACAUGGAACCCAUCUUGCUACUGCGCAGCAUCCUGCGCUGCUAAUCCUGGCAAGGCUGCCGAUGGCAGCGGCGCAACCUCCGACAAGACUGCAGGAUCAUCUAGCUCAGGCUCUACAUCCGCUUCCACCAGUGGAUCCGGCAGUGGCAGCUGGGAGAACGGUGUGUGGACCGGCACCAACAGCCCAGCCUCAUCCGACAACACUACCUCGUACACCCCCAGCCCAAGCACAGGCAGCUAUUCCAACAGCUCGUCCAGCGACUCAGCAGUAAAGACAUACACAGGCGCAGCCAGUACCAGCCACGUAUCGAUGUUCACGUUGGUGGCACUCAUCAUCGCUGCUCUGAGCUUGUAA